UUGGAGGAAGUGAAUUUUAUACUGUCACUCUGAUCUUUCUUCAUUCUGCACUCACUUCACUCAGAAACACCAAUGAGGAGCUUUUAAACAGUGACUGUAUGUGUUUGUUUCUUGAUGUGUGAUUCUGAAAGGAGCUAAAACUCACUCAGUGGGUUGAAGGGCUACGGUGUCUGAUUCUCAACUGUGCUGCUCUGAUCAUUACAGACGUCCUAAAAGAGAAAGUGGAGUUUGGACUAAAGGAGCCAUUACAGAGAAACAGCACAGCAGCAGUUGGAGGAAAUGGCUGCUAGAAACCCUCUUUCAGAAGAAGACUUUUCGUGUCCUGUGUGCUGUGAAAUCUUCAGGGACCCUGUUGUUCUGUCGUGCAGCCACAGUGUGUGUAAAACCUGUCUGCAGAAGUUCUGGGAAACUAAAGAAUCUCAGGAAUGUCCAGUUUGUAGAAGACGAUCAUCUAAAGAUAAGCCUCUUUCCAACCUCACACUGAAGAACCUCUGUGAGUCUUUUCUAGAGAGCAGGAGUCAGAGAUCUUCAGCAGGGUCUGAGGUGCUCUGCAUUCUGCACAAUGAGAAACUCAAACUCUUCUGUCUGGAUGAUCAGCAACCUGUGUGUGUGGUGUGUCAUCUAUCAAAGACGCAUAAAAAUCAUGACUGCUGUCCAGUAGAUGAAGCUGUGACCGACUUUAAGGAUAAACUCAAGUCUGCUUUGGAGCCUCUACAGAAGAAUCUGAAAGUCUUAGAGGAAGCUAAACAAGACUAUGACCAAACAGCAGCUCACAUUAAGACGCAGGCCCAGCACACAGAGAGGCAGAUAAAGGAGGAGUUUGAGAAGCUUCACCAGUUUCUAAGAGAUGAAGAAGCAGCAAGGAUAGCUGCACUGAAGGAGGAAGAGGAGCAGAAGAGUCAGAUGAUGAGGAGGAAGAUUGAGGAGAUGAAUGGAGAAAUAUCAUCUCUUUCAGACACAAUCAGACACAUAGAGAAGGAAAUGGAAGCUGAGGACGUUCUGUUCUUACAGAAAUUUCGGUCCACAAUAAUACAAGUUCAGUGCAUGCCAAAGGAUCCAGAGAAAACAUGGGGAGCUCUCAUUAAUACUGCAAAUCAUAUUUCUAACCUGAAGUUCAGAGUCUGGGAGAAAAUGAAGGCAAUUUUGAAAUGCACCCCUGUUACUCUGGACCCCAACACUGCACAUCCAAAACUCCACCUGUCUGAUGACCUCACUGCUGUAGAACUAAAGAAGCAGGAACUGCUGCUUCCUGAUAAUCCAGAGAGAUUUGAUGAAUAUGAGUGUGUUCUGGGUUCUGAGGGUUUUAACUCAGGGACACACUGCUGGGACGUCCAGGUUGGAGACAGUGAUAGCUGGGAACUGGGUGUGAUACCAGAGUCUGUAACAAGAAAAGGAGACUCUUUCUGGAGUACUGUGUGUAGUCUGGGCUACAGUAAAAGCAGUGGUGCAUACACCAUAUACUGUCCAGAGGCAUCAGAUCAUGAUCUCACACUUGAGGAGAAGCUGCAGAGGGUCAGAGUGCAGCUGGACUGGAACAGGGGGAAAGUGACCUUCACUGAUCUUCUAACCAACAAACACGUGCACACUAUAACACACACUUUCAGUCGGACAGUUUUCCCAUUUUUCUCUAAUGGGAGUGUUGUAUGUCCUCUGAAGAUCUUAUACUAGUAACUCAAGAGUAACAUACAGUGCUGUAUUUUUUGAUGUUUCAGAUCUUCCAUCUAAGGUAAAGACAACAUGAGUAAACAGAAAAUUAAGCUUUUAAACAAUUAUUCCAUUUAUUGAAGAUAAAGAUUGUACAAAACAGGUAUCACCCACGUGAAAAAGUAACUGCCCCCUAAACCUUAUAACUGGUUGUGCCACCUUUGGCAGUAACAACCGCAAUCAAAUCUUUGCAAUAACCUGAGAUGAGUGUUUUUCAUCGCUGUAGAGGAACCUUUAAUUUGGCUACAUUGGAGGGUUUUUGAGCAUGAACUGCCAAUUUAAGGUUUUUCAGAGCUGGACUUGCUUAUGUGCGUCGGAUCAUUGUCCUGCUGCAUAACGGUACUUGAUCUUCAGUUCACAAACUGGCAGGUGGACAUUCUCCUUCAGGAUUUUCUGAUAGAGAGCAGAAUUCAUAGUUCCAUCAAUUAUGACAAACCGUCCAGGUCCAGAAGCAAAGCAGCCCCAGACCAUCACACUACCACCACCAUGUUUCACUAUUGGUAUGAUGUUCUUAUGGUGGAAUUCAGUGUUAGCUUUAUGUCAGAUGUAACAGGAUUCAUGUCUUCCAUAAAGUUCCAUCUUUGACUCAUCAGUCCCCAGAAUAUUGUCUCAAAGUCUUGGGUGUCAUCUAGAUGUUUUUUGGCAAAUGCGAGACAAGACUUUGUGGGGCUUUUUUUUGGUCAGCAGUGGUUUGCUCCUUGCAACUCCCCUAUGGAUGCCAUUUUUGCCCAGUGUCUUUCUUAUUGUGGAAUCAUGGACAUUGACCUUAACUCAGGCAAGUGAGGCCUGCAUUUCUUUAGAUGUUUAUCUGGGUUCUUUUGUGACCUCCUGGAUGAGUUGUCAGUGCACUUUUGGUGAAAUUUUGGUCGGCUGGCCACUUCUGGAAAGGUUCCAAGUUCCAAGUUUUCUCUAUUUGUGGAUAAUGGAUCUCACUGUGGUUUGCUGGAGUCCCAGAGCCUCAACUUAAUAACCCUUUCCAGACUGAUAGUUUUAAUUGGUUUCACAUCUGUGUUUAAAUCUCUUUAGAACUUGACAACAUAUGCUGCUUUUUGAGACCUUCUAGCCUGCCUCACAUUGUUAAACUGCUGAUUAGACUCAACAGGUCUAGGUUUUUUAUUUAGGUUAUGUUUGUCUAACACUAAACAUAAUGUGAUGAUCUUAAACAUUCAAGUGUGACAAAUAUGCAAAAAUAGAAGAAAUCGGGAAGGAGCAAUUACUUUUUCACAGCACUGUAAUUCAUUUUAAUACUACAUAACAUAACCAUCAUAUUGGUCUAAAACAUAUGAAAUAUGACAAAAUGUUUUGAAACACAUCAGCUCACCACAUUAGAAUGAAUUCAUAUCUUUACAUUUUUACAUAUUUAAGUGUUCACUGCAUAGGAUAUGUUAACUUAGUUUCACUUAGAAAAUCAACAAAAUAUUUUAUUUGACCAGGGUUAUUGAAACCUUUUGUAUACAACUGUAUUUCAGAAGCAGCAUAAUAAAGUUAGGUCCAUAAAUAUUUAGAUAAAGUGAUAGCAAAGUGAUUAUUUGUUUAGCUGUCUAUCCCAGCAUACUGACGUUUAUAUUAAACAAUAAAUAUGAGCUCACAGUGUAGGUGAUUCCUACACUGUUCACCUGAUUUGGAUGCAAAUAUCAAAUUGAAGCGAAAAUUCUGCACUUUGAGAUCAUAUUUUUUUCUACUCCAGUAUACUGUAGAAGAGGGCUAAAAUAGCAAUAGUUUUGUCAAUGUACAAAUAUUAAUGGAUCUGACUAUAUCUGUGUAAUCGGAGUUUUGUAAUUCUUGAGCACUGUAGUUCAAGGUAGUUAUUUGCAGUGUCCUCUAUAUACAUGUAAAACUGUACUAUACUAUUACGCUAUGUAUUUCAUGUGUUUCAUAAUGACGUUACAUGAAAACAAAAGAAAAUAUGUGUGUAUGUGUUCCCCUCAUCUUUGUUCCACUAAGCCUCCAGUCUACCCUUUGUAUCUCUUUUUAUCAGUGGCUUCUCCUGUUGGUUUGUAGUGUUUGCACCUAUGUAUAGUUACCCCUAAGAGUAUAUAUAGCUCUUUGUGUUUAUCCUUCCAUCACACAGCAUCUGGUUUUUCUAGUGCAAUUCUAAGCUGUGUUUAUGGUGCAAUUAAAGUUCCUUGUUUCCUGUAUUUUUUCCUUUAAUCUAGUUUUACACUCACAUGUUCCCAUUUUUCACCCUUUUACCUGUCUGCCUGUGCUUUAAACCCUGAUUUCUAUAAUGAAUAUAAUCUUCACCCUUGUUAAUGAAACUGACUCUACAUCUAC